AUGGACACUGAAGACGAGAGGGAGGAAGAAUUGUCGACCAUCUCGGCCAUCUACCCCGAACUGCUUCUCGACCCAAUCGAUCCAUUCACUGCUUCGUUAUAUAUCCCCGUCCGACCCUCGAAUCCCCUCGCUUUGCGCUUUUCGUCAGCGCCACCACCUUCCCCACCGGACUCGGAUGAUGGCUACCUCAAGUUGCUGCCGCUCCCGGCCCAUCUCGAUGGGACACACCUCGUCGAGCACCUCCCGCCCCUCCACUUGAUGCUUUCCCUUCCCGAGGCUUACCCUGCCGACAAGCCGCCAAAGAUUACCCUCUCCACCGCUCCACAAUGGCUGCCCGCCGACAGACUGAAAGAGUUGGAGCGCGAAUGCGAGAAACUGUGGGACGAGUACGGUCGCUGCCAGAUCCUUUUUUCCUACAUUGACUUUCUGCAACAACAAGCUGAGCAAGCCUUUGACUUGGAACUCACUGGCCUCGAUCUGCCAUCCUCUCUCAAACCUGCUUUGCUUGACUACGAUGCCUGUACCAAGAAGGCUAUAUUCGACGCUGGUACCUUCGACUGCGGAAUCUGUCUUGAGCCCAAGAAGGGCUCCUCUUGUUAUCGCAUGCGCCGCUGUGGUCACGUCUUCUGUCAGACCUGCUUGCAAGACUUCUACAACAACUGCAUCACAGAAGGCGACGUUGGGAGAGUUCAAUGUCUGGAUCCCACAUGUGGCAAAGAUGCACCCGCUGGUCAAAAGAAGAAGAGGCGAAAGGAAAAGACACUGCAUCCGAAAGAGCUGGUAGCAAUACAACUUGAAGAGUCCAUGAUCCGUCGCUAUGUCGACAUGAAGCGCAAGAAGAAACAAGAGGCCGACAAGUCGACUGUCUACUGCCCGCGUACCUGGUGUCAGGGUCCUGCUCGCAGUGAAAAGUAUCCACCCAUUCCUCAAGAUCUUGCGCUGUAUCCAGAGUCAUCAAGCGAGGACGAGGAUGACCCGGAGACGGUGAAGAAAGGCCAUUCUCCCUCUGAUCGACUGGCCAUCUGCAGCAAGUGCUCCUUCGCCUUCUGCAAGACUUGUUAUGCAGGUUGGCACGGUGACUUUGCUCGUUGUUGGCCUCGCAACCCAUCAGAGCUGUCCGAGGAAGAGAAGGCCAGUUACGACUACAUCCGGACACACACUUCGCCAUGUCCUACCUGCAGCAGUCCCACACAGAAAACCAUGGGCUGCAACCACAUGCGCUGCGUCCAGUGCGCCACUCACUUCUGUUAUCUGUGCGGUGCAUGGCUAUGCCCUGACAACCCGUAUCAGCACUUCAACAAGCCAGGCACAGAGUGUUUCCAGAAGCUAUGGGAGUUGGAAGAGGGUGAUGAAGGCCAAGAGGGCGCUUUUGUUGGUGCAAGACGCUGGGAGCAAGAGGCUCUGGCAGUGGCUCAGGCUGCAGACAGAGAGGAAGCCGAGGCUCUGCAACGCGAAGAGGACGAGGCUGCAGCAAGAGCACUCGCGGAACAGCUCGAUGCCCAAGACCACGCUGCAGCCGCCGCCCAGCCCGCCCAGGCUGUACAGCAGCCAGCACGCCGAGGUGGCGGGAGACGGCCACGAGGCGGAAGAGUGGCUGCCUUGGAUGGCAGAAGAGCAGCUCCAGCAGUCCAACAGCACGAGGCUCCUCCAAACCAGCAACAGAUCGAUGCAGCAGCAGCGGCAGCAUUCAGACGGUUCGUCGAGUUAGCCGUGCGCGACGAAGAGGAUGGAUGGGACUCUGAUGAACUAGAGGAUGAUCAGGACGAGCGAUGGAUCAUUCCCGUGAGGCGAUGA